UUGUUUUGUUUCUGAAAAAUUUUUGAUGGCGCUCGUUUUGGUUGUCAAAGUUAUUUGAAAAUAUUUUUAUAUUAUUUGGUAAAUUAAAAUGCUAAUAACAGAAAGCGGUAAUUUAUCAUCAAUUUACACGAUACUAAAUUGUUUGAAUUUUAAGUUAUGAUGGAGCCGGAGGAUAUGAUUGUGUUAGUCGUCGUGGACGACGAUGAAAGUGGAAAGUCUUUGGAAAAAGAUAACUUGGUAACUAACUCUUGCAUGGAGGUGGAGAAUAUAAUUGAAACUGCACAAAAACAUGGUCAGUUCAUUGACGUGAAGACAGAGCCCGAGGACUAUGAGGAAUACGACUAUCUUGAUAGCGAAUUUAAACCUGAGAUUUACUUCAAGCAAGAACCUUUUGAUGAUGAUGACGAUUAUAUUCCUGAUGAAAAUGCACAGUCAGAUGAAACAGAUACUAAAGACCAUCAUAAAAGGCACCGCUGGUCAAGGAGGCAGUCAUGGCAGCAGCGGUCCUUUAUUGCAGAACUACGUCAAAAGUACGAGGAGCUCAGAGAUGAUGAGGAGUUGUUAGUUAACACUUUAGAACAGAUUAUGAGGUCUGUGACACCUCCGGAAUUACCGCAAGACUACUGUAAUGUUAUCAACGGUAUUAUGUAUAAAUGUAUGCAGUGUGGUGUUGUAUUGGAGACUCUGCCGGCGGCUGGACGCCACUAUCAGGAGAAACACGGCCAGAGAUAUCUAGUGUGCUAUGCAUGCGGUGUCGACUUCCGAAGCACAACAAACCUGUACAAGCACGAGAAGCGUUGCGCGGCGCCGGACGCCCACGUGGUGCUGAAGGCGCGCGCCGCCUUCCUCGGCCGCAAGGGCCGCAGCCGGCCCUACCUCACCGACAACAAGUUCCGGAACAAACGGCCCGACAGGUUCCCGUGCCAGCUGUGCUCGGCGGUGUUCAUAACGCGCAGCAACCUGGAGUCGCACGAGAACCUGCACCGCGGCGAGCGCCCCUACCGCUGCCACGCCUGCCCCUGCGCCUACACCUCGUACUCCGCACUCUCUCGGCACGCAAAGAAACACACGGACAUUCAGUUUAUAUGCGACCUCUGUGGCCGCUCGUUCAAGAUCAAAGCCGCGCUGGCAUCGCACAUGGACACGCACAAACCUAUACGUAAACAUGGUUGUGACGAGUGCAACCGUCGCUUCGCUCAGAAGUCGGCCCUCAUACUUCACAUUAACCGAGUCCACAGAAACCUGCCACCUCCAUGCGCUUGCCAGAUUUGUCCCAAGAGGUACCCACGGAUGUCUCUUCUCAAGGAACACAUGAAAAGUGCGCACGGAAUGUCCAUAAUAACUCGUAAGAUGUUCUUCAAAUCCUUACCCACAAUGUCUGAAUUAGAAGUGAAACAAUCAAAAGUCGUGCUUAAAUACGACGAUGACUUACUUCACUUCAUACCCCCAAUAAAGCCAACGCCAGAAACAGUUAUUACGGAAUACACUGACGAUCAAAAUCACCUCGAAAAACAGGACGAGGUCGUCCAAGAAAUGACAGUGGAAGAGUUCAUGAGGUAUGUCAAGAACGAUGAAGAUGUUGGGACUAAUGUUGUGUAUAUACAAAAUGGUGAAGUGGUACAAAUGGAAGAGGAUGCUCAAGGCAAGCUGGUGUUGGAAGUCGAAGCAAUGUUCGAUGCUCAAGUUAAAGUAGAAAACGAGAGUCCAGAUGAGGAUAGUGGUGAAACUUUACCUGUCCUGUAGCAGUUGAAACUUGAAAUAGGUUUUGUAUCCUGGUUUGUGUGUAAACAUUUUGUUCUAAUGUAUAUUUUGGUACAGAUUUGAAGUCUUAUGAUGAAUGCUUGGACAACUUUUACAUAAUAUGUCCUUUUCUUUGGGCUUUUCCUAAAAGAAUAACUUUGAUGACUUGCGGCUGGAGUUUUAAAACGAUUAAGGAAUCGUGAAGUACCCAAGUGUGAAAGUGGAAAGUUAGGAAUUUCUUAAACUAGGUAUACAUUUGAAUUAAAUGUUAUGCAUUUGAACAACUUGCAAUAUACUGUGAAUAAUGCUGUUUUUUUUCUAUUACUUUUAUUCGAGUUAUUUAUUAUCUGGUGGCAUGGUAGUGCCCCGCCAUCUAUUGUUUAAUUAAAGUAUUAUUUUGCUCUUCACCUUUUGUAAGUCAUUAGAAUAGAAAGUUCGUGUUCAUUAAUGAAGCGCAGUUCUAACAAAUAUUUAUAGGUUAGUGUAAUACUUUUACUGUAUGAAGACUGAUUUAAGUAAUAAAUAAAUAUUCCAUGAUUGAUUGUCCAGUUUUGUUACCAACAGUUUGUUGAAAAAUAGGCUUACCAAAAAACAGCAGCUGGAGCUGAAUCACAUACAAUGUUUAAAUAGUAACUCUUACUAGAAAUGUGUUUUAUGUAUGAACUUUAUGUUAACGAUCUCAAGUUCUUUAUUUCUAGCCUGGUAAUUAAUUUGUAAUUUUUGACAUAAGUGCCAAUAUAGAUUGAAAUAAAUUGAUUUACGGCUUGUUUCAAUGGGACAACAUCUUUUA